CCGAUGUAACCCACAUUGGAGCCUGAGGGGACAUCUCGUGGACGCGCACGGAAAAGCAGUCCAGAGGAACACAGAAGAAAAUAACACUGAAGCACUCCAAAUGCCGGGCCGACGCAUACAAGCUCCUCCCAGCUCCUUCCUUGAAGAUCCGCCUCCAUCCUGCACCUCGGCUGUUGAUUUCUUUUCCUUUUGUGGACUCGGCCUUCGGCCCGCCGGGCCUGGCGUUUCCCAGAAGGCCCAGCGUCGGGAAGGGGUUUGCAGCUGCUCCGUCAUCGUGCGGCCCGUCGCGAGCCCGCGCUCGUGUGCAGGCCCGGCUCGGUUCCUGGUCUCUGGUGCGAGGAUUCACGCGAGGCCCUGGUCUCGGUCCCUGGAGUAGGCCGCGACCCCGGGCGCCAUGAAACAGGAGGGCUCGGCGCGGCGCCGCGGCGCGGACAAGGCGAAGCCGCCGCCGGGCGGAGGGGAACAAGAACCACCGCCGCCCCCGACCCCCCAGGAUGUGGAGAUGAAAGAGGAGGCGACGGCGGGUGGCGGGUCAUCGGCGGAGCCUGACAGCAAAGCGGCGGCGGCGGCGGCGGCUGAGCACUCCCAGCGAGAGCUGGACACCGUCACCUUGGAGGGUACGAGAGCCCGGGCCGGGGACGUGCCGUGGUCACGGAUGACAGCGCCCCGGUGAUCCAGCCUAUCCUCGGGACCCCAGCGCAGAUUCCACCACUCCCGAUUCCUUAGGAUCACCCCCAGUGCCCGCCCCCUACCACCCUGACACUCCUGACUCCAGCCCCAAUAAUGAACCUUCUCUCCAGGCUCUGGAUUUCUCCCUGAACAUACCUCCUCCCUCCUUACCUGGGUUGCAUCUAGAAGUGGGUCUCACUGGGCCUGUGGACUCCCUCCCUCUUCUAAGUCCUCUCCGACCUACUCUAUUUACAUCCACCGAGCUGAUUCUAACGCCCCCAGUAUGUGAUUGGUCCCUCUAGAAACCGGUGUUUGUAUUUAUGUGUGUAAAGGGGGUCAGGGUGACGCAGAAUACUGGCCCCUGAAUUUUAAGACUGUACAAAAGUUUUCUGUUGCCUUAGCUACCUCUGGGAAACUCCCCUAAGAGAAGGCUUUCGACUGGGUAUCUUGCUUCCUUGUUUCUGUAAUUAAGGUGCCUUUACAAUCCCGUUGCUCAUUCUCUCCCUUCAGGCCUUUACUUCUGUUCCUAAAGAGUUGAAAUACAUUACAGACUUUCAA